CCUCCCUCCAUGUUUCAAAAGUUUUGAAAAUUGGCUUUUCUUCUUAGUGACGUUUAUAACUGAAGCAAGAUUCGUGAUUUAAAAGACCACCACCGCUAUGUCGAAAGUGCUUUUCCCUAACGUGGAAACGAUGGCAAGUUUCUCGAACGUUUUUGUGAAAACUUCUAUCGAACACUUUGAAAUGUUUUAUGAUUUUACCCCAAAUAUCUUGGGAGAUCAAGGAGGUUAGAAUCCGAGGAGGUCGUUAUAAAUAAAAGUUCCGCAGAAAAUAAUGAAAACAAAUCGUUGUGACCAAUCGCUUAAAAUUCUGAUCCUUAGGGCUCGAAUGUUCAAGAUGCAUCAACUUCAGUGAAUAGUGCGCUCUGUCAAAUAUCCCUCAUUGCGUUCAUUCCCAACUUUUCGCAUUUUCGCGACAACUUCAGUGCUGAGUGUUCUCGUUUCCGUGUUUCCUGGAGCAUUUCAAAAUGCAUUUUUCGGUGCUGUUUAUUUUUGUGCGAAAAAAAACAACAUACAUCCACUUUCCCCGGAAGAAUGUCAUUAUUAAUUAUAAAGCGAUGCAAAAGUAUUUCUGAAUGUCCACCUUGAAAAUUUUAGCCGCAUGUGGCUGUAACGUCGAGAAUCGAAACCGGUUAAAAUUGUGAGCGCGUGCCCAGGUUGUGACCUAAAACUUGUGAAAUUUGGAUGGGGCACUGUCGAUUUUCCCGAAAAUCGAAGGAGUUCGAUUGAUCGUUCGAACUUUGAUCUCAAGUGAUCGGAAGCGACGACGGCCGGCAAGAUUUUCGAGCUACGCCCGUUCGAGCUAGAGUUCACGCGGAGGCACCCGCCGAAUGGUAUGAGCGCGCCGGUGAGGAGCGCGUCCGAGACCGGUUUGGAUACAUCAGCGCCCUCUCCCGGGAGGAAGCCGAACUACGAGGAUGAGGAAUGCGAGCUCAUCGACCCGGCGGACAUCAAGGUGGAGGAGAAGUGCUCCGCCUCCACGUCGGCGGCGGAGAUCUACUAUAAGCAGCUGUUGGCAGCGAACGUGGCCGCCUUCGGGAAGGCGGCGGCGGCGGCGCUGGGCGGCAAGUCCGCCUACGCGACGUCCCUCUUCGAGCAGAAGCGCCCGGCCGACGCCUCCGACGACAACUCCGUCUCGACGGACCCGCCGUCCCUCAGGAGCAGCCCGGCUCCCAAGUUCGCUCCCGAUGAGAAAACGGCGUUUGUUUGGUCACCCUCGGAGGCGAAUCAGUCGCACAACAGCAGUGCGGGGUCGGGUGGGGGCGGGAAACAGGGGGGCUCCAACGGUCACGGACACGGGCAGGGACAGGGACAGGGUCUCGUCCACUGGAUGUCCGUCAUGGCCGAGCACAUGAACAGCAACACCCACCACCACGAGACCAUGCACUACAUGUGGAACGGCGGACCCGUAGAGCACUGCGGCAAAGACGUGGACUACGGAUGGCCGCGGCAGCAAAUGACGAAACAAGGAUACGAGGCAAAAAUGAGCGCCAAUGAUCAGCUUUCGAAUCAAGUGGUCCUCAAAGGAAACGGUUUGGAAGAUGGUCGAAUGGACGGUGUCGGGGGUGGCGGUGGAACGACCCCCUCUGUAUAUAACAGUUCCGUGCCCCGAUCUCAUAGUUCCGCGAGCAAUUCCUGCUCGCCACCCACGGGCGCCGUGCCCUCGACCAUGCUCGUCGUCCCGCAGCCAACUCGCAUCGCCGACCCUCACCACAUAGUCACCCAGAACGGCUCCAAUAGGCGCUACCAGUGUAAAAUGUGCCCUUCGGGCCGAGGGCGGAGAAGAGGCAUAAACAAAGGCAGAGACGGUCUCGGAUGGACUGGGGUAGACCACGGGAAUCCAGAGAUUUUCGGAUCCAAAUCUGAGCUGCAACUACACUCUCAGAUGCACAUGAGAGAGGUGAAACCGUACAAAUGCACGCAGUGUAGCAAGACAUUCGCCAACAGCUCGUACCUUAGUCAACACACGCGGAUCCACUUGGGGAUCAAACCCUACCGCUGCGAGAUCUGCCAGCGAAAGUUCACGCAGCUCUCCCACCUGCAGCAGCACAUCCGAACGCACACAGGCGACAAACCGUACAAAUGUAGGCACAUCGGGUGCAACAAGGCCUUCUCCCAGCUGAGCAACCUCCAGUCGCACUCCCGCUGCCACCAAACGGACAAACCCUACAAAUGCAACUCCUGCUACAAGUGCUUCACCGACGAGCAGUCGCUCCUGGAGCACAUCCCCAAGCACAAGGAGUCGAAGCACCUCAAGACGCACAUCUGCCAGUACUGCGGCAAGUCCUACACCCAGGAGACGUACCUGACGAAGCACAUGCAGAAGCACGCCGAGCGGCUGGACAAGCGACCGCCCAUCAUCGGGAUCCCGCGGGUCGGACUCGACCAAACCCACUACUGGCCCAAGGUCUCGCCGGACACGGCUAACAACCUCGUCGAGGCCAUCAACCAGCACGAGGUCUGCCUCCAGCAAGGCCCGCCCCUCGGGCCGCCGGACCACCUCCGCGGCGACCUCCGCGACAUGCGGGAUAUGCGGGACAUGCGCGACAUGCGGGACAUGCGAGACAUGCGGGACAUGCGGGACAUGAGGGACAUGCGGGACAUGAGGGAUAUGCGGGAUAUGCGGGACAUGCGGGACAUGCGGGAUAUGCGGGACAUGCGGGACCUGAACGGGGGCGCCGACGAGCACUCGAUACGUGGCUCGACGCCGGGCGCCCCGUCGCCGCACCACUACGAAUCUGUGAUCAACUCCUCCAAGAUGACGAGCACGGCAUCGUCCACGUCGGCCUUCACCCCGAUCCAGUCGAUGACGAUCCCGAGCCACCACAACCACCACCUGAACCACCACCAGAUCUCAGACAGAGCUUACAUCCCGUACAACACGAUAUCCUUCCCCGGGGCCAAGGUCGUGGGCUCGGGCGUCGGCGGGCAGCUCUCCGGCCUCGGCGCCGCCGUCCAGACCUCCAUGCCCAUGGAAAUGCCAAAGAACCCCGUCUCGGUCUCCGUCACCAACAGCUUUCCCAACCAACUGAUCUCCCUCCAUCAAAUCCGCAACUACGCCCACCACCAGCCCAGCACGCUCAUGCCGCCCGAGCACCUCCUGCACGGCCUCAAGGAGAAAGGACAGUAGUCUCAGUCCAGGCAAUAGGUUUUUUCAAUUUUAGUUUAGGGCCGAGCCCUUUUGGGCAUGGACCCACCCUCUCAACAGGGUAACAUUGCCAUCUACGUUUUUAGAUACUUUAAUGGGAUUGUUGCAAAGUUUUGCUGGAUCCAGAGAAGAAUUUUCGCUCGGGAAAAUGGUUGAAAAAUCACGAUGAGCAUAUCCGGAAAAUCUGGAAAAUUAGCGCUCUUUCGCAGCUUCUCACUUCAAGAGAUAUACGACGGAGAAAAUAACAUGUGAUACAGUGAUGAGUCACCUCAUCUUCACAACUCCAUGCGAACAAACCGUCGCUUGGUUGACAGAAGGGCGUAACUACAAUUUGAGAUGAGCCCGGGAAAGUGUUGAGUUACAUGGAUAACGGGGCUCAUCGUCGAGUGUAGUUGCACCCUUAUGUCAAGAGGGCGAUGAAACGACGUAACAAUUCAAACGCCGUACAUUCGACAUCUUCACUUUUCUGCGUUUUAAGUAUCGUUUAUUAAGUAGUAGUACUUUUGUUCUUUAUUUUUAUCUGGACCGCGUUUUGCAAUUAGGAGCUAUAAAUUCUGGCUCAUCUGAAAAAACACUCAUAAGCAUAGGGAAACUAACGGCACGUACGUUGUUUUUAAACCGGGCCGGAAUUUAUAGUUCCUAAUUGCAAAAUGCAGUCCAUCUAAGAAACUACGUCAAAAAUCGAUAUUCAUUCUCAGUUUUGCCUGAAAUGCCGAGACCGGCUCGUCCCGUUUGUAUCAGAUUACAUCUUCGCCAUUGUAUACUUUUUGAAGUGGGAAGCUAUAAAAAGCGGGCAAUCUCUUACGCAGAUUGUAUAGUGGAGGGUGAAUUCCAGACUUUCCCGAUGCACUCAUUGUGAUUUUUAAGUCAUCUCUGUAAGGAUCAAUUAUCUUCUCUGCUCUAGAAAAAGUUUACAUCAGACGCAUUCCUGUCUGUGGGUGCUCGUAUUGCCUAUCUUGUCCAAUGAAGGCUAAUCUACCUUGCGCAUGGAGGAUAAUAGCUACAUUAGCACAAUUAGUCACCUAAAUACCACAAGAAUAAAGGCAAUAGUUUUCUAUUUCAAUUUUUCUCAAUAGCUUCCCGUUUCUAGAAAUGUUUCCGACACGACACAGCCUGCGGAGAGUGUAAUAUUGGCGCAGUCAAAUAUUUAAAAAUCACCAAUUCCCACCCAUGUCCCGUUCGCGAGGGCACAGGCUUGCACAGAUGGUAUAACGGCACCACCACUACAGUUAGUUAUUUAAAUACCACCAUUGCUGCUCUUAGGACCUCAUUUUGCUUAUUUGUAAAUUGAAGGCGACUUAAUUCUUCAGAGAGGCUAACGGCGCCAUCAUUUCGAUUUCUAAAAAGACCACUAAAGCUGCUCUGUUCUUACCUACCUUGUUGAAUGUAACUAAAGAUAUUUCCAUUGUUUAAUACCUAUACUACUUUUUGGAUACUGUGCUGAAGUAGCUGAGCCAAUUUCAUCCUUUGAAAAAGGGAAGUUAAGGAGGGGACUUUGAUUCGUUUGUAUUGCCAUGUUGGCUAUUAAGUGGACAGGAACUACCAUGCUACUAUUUUUACCUCCAAUUUACGACGAAACAUUCUGUGUGGAUUUCAAAGUAUAAAGGUAGCUUGUUCCUCACCGAAAUACUAAAAUGGGUGCGGAAAUUUUGAAACACCGUAACGGUGCCACGUGAUUUCGCACUUUAGCAAUCGAUAUAGGCCCAUCAAAUUCUGUUAUUUCGCAUAAUACUUUUUUGUAUUCUGAAAAUCUACUAUGAUAAAAAUGCACUAAUUGGAUUUUCCCUGACCAUUGACUAUGAAAUAGUCUGUAAUAAAACCCCUUUAAAGCAAUGUUAUUUUGGCUUUGAAAAAGAAUGAAACAAUUACCAACAAGCGAUACCCAUUUUCACAAGAGGACUAUCCACCCCGUUGUAGAGAUCUGUGUAGUUUUACUCUUUGCGAUUGGCACUGAACUAUUAUGAUGUGCAUGCAGUGUAUAAAAUAAUAUGUGAAAAACAUCUAACCCUUGAUAGUAGCUUAAUGUUUGCAGUUUGUAUCUACAAACGAAACAUUUUAUUUUGGAAAAAGGAGAACCAAAAAAGUGUAGGAACAAUGAAAAUAGAGAGGAAGCAUAUCAAAGAGAAAGUUCCUGAAAAUUUGAUUCAAAUUAAGUUGGAAAAGAAAACCUUUUUCACAAGCCCACUCAAUUUAUCUUUGUGUUUAUUUGCGUGAUAGUUGCUUCGGGGUUAUGAUUUCUUGGUAGGUGGGAAACGGUGAGGAAAGGAUUAGCAGCUUCAGUCUGUAGGUACUUUAUGGUAUAUUGAUUGAAACAUCAGCACAAUAAAUCAAUUAUAAUCAUGUAAAAAAGGUACCCAGCCAUGUUAUAUACACCUACUAUGAGUAAGCAUGUAAGAGAUUUAUGCUGAUUACUCGACAAUCAUUUUACAUAUUUUUCAGUCAGUUUCAGGCCCCUCUUUUCAAUAUUAAAAAUUGAAAAUCACGAAAUCUUGUGGGACUCUUUCCAAAUCUUGUUAAAGUGUCUUGUUUAAGAUCUCUCUUUGUUUUAAGAUCUUAUUUUGUUUGUAUAAGACGUAAACAAAUAAAUAAAUUAAAAUUGUAAAUCAAGAAAUUAGAAAAUUUUCAAUUUGAACUGUUUUGUACUGAUGGCUGUUAGUCCCUCAUUCCUUCACAUGUCGUGAUUCCAACUUGGACUUCAUAUUUUCCUCUUUAGGUUACGCAGUGUGUGAAGGCACCCGUUGGCUCUUUAUCUCUGAAUAAACUUCUACAAAUUCUGUUUUUAUGGUGGUUUCAAUGUCUUCGAUCAAGCUUUAAAAAGUAAUUAUGUCACUUGAGGGUUAUAAAUUGCACUUGCAGUCCAGUUUGUGUUUCUGAAUCACCUGAUUUCAGUGUUACUCAACAUGUAUUACGACGAGGAAUAAUAGUAAAACCGACCUAAACUUACAGUAUCUCUUAUCAUAAAGUAAGUUUCUCACGAUUCAUUCUAUUGUUACCGUGCCAAAUACGUACUCUGGAGACACCAGCUUGAUAGUAGAGAUUAAGAAUGACUGAUUUCACGUUUAUGGUAAAUAAUUGAUAUCAACUAGUUGUUUUAUGUACAAAUUUAAAUAUUUUUUUAUCGUUUAUAACAGAAUUCUAAUAUUUUGAACUAUUUUCUAAUUUGAAUAUUGUAAUUAAAUUUUCUUUCAGUAAUUGUUGAACGUUGUUAAAGCUUAGCUGUAAGUGUAAGUUGUAGAUUUGUAUUUGUGAAUAAAUUUUGUGUGUUGACUUCAUCAUGACCUUUUUUUAAAAUUUUCUUUACCAUAUCAUGAUGUUUUUAUUAGUUUUAUUAUUAUUCCUUAUUAAUUAUUUUAUUCAUUUAUUGAAGUGAUUAAUUUUCCUGUUAUAUUUUGUUAUUUUAAAUGAUGAAGUCAAAAUUUUUAACCCAAGUGGGAGGGUUUCUAAUGGCUUUAUCCUCAUCGUUUCAAUUUUUCAUUUCAAAUCUAUCUAGGAGUCAAUUUUUGUUCAGCACACACAAAAGUAGUCAAUACUUUAAAUAAUUUAAUGUUGUCAAAUUAAAUCGGUUUUUUUUUCUUCAGGGGUGUUGUACCUCGAUACUUACUGCAAUCCAGUGGGUAAAGGAAAUGAGAGAUCCAAGAUAUCUAAUUAUCUUUUUUCUUCUAAAAGAAAUAGUUUUGCAUAGUUUGCUUCAAACCGUAUAUUUUUCUACAUCAGUGACCUACAAAAAUUAAGAUUUCUGGAUCCUGAAUAAUGAGUCAUUGUAAGGGAGCAUGAUUCAGCAUUUUUUAAUGCCUUUUUUUGUAGGAAAAAUGCCAAAACCUGAGCACAUCGCGAUGCGCCCGUGCUGAUCUUUUGGGUAAAUUCGGGAAAAUAGUAGUUGCUACAAGAUUUACCCACAUGAUUUGGUCACAUCGCAGUAUGCUCGGGCAAAUCCUGGAGUCUACGUUUAUCUUAGGAUCGGCCCAUUUCAUGGACACUGUGAUCUGCCCGGGCACACAGCGAUUAGCUCUGGCAAAGCGAGAUGUACCCAGGUUAUGGUAUUUGCCCUAUUUAUAAGUAACUUACAUUCCUACAUUCUUAAAAUUACGUUAAAUUUUUAACAAGUUUAAAAACCUUGACAAACAAAAUACAUAAAAGUGAGUAAAGUUCAUAAUAGUGCAGCAAGAUAUUUAUAAUUCUGUUUUACCUCUGGAUUUUCCGAAGGUAUUUUUGGAUUAAUAUCACAAACACUCUGAAAAUAAAGUUGCUGAAAUAAUACUCUUUACUUUUGCAAGAUGUGUACUUAUUCUUUAAUAACGAUGGGGACUCAUCUUGUGAGCAUUAUUGGCUUCUUCUCCGAGUUAAGAUAAACAUUAAUCUCUCAUUUUUCCCUCUCUUCUCAUAGUUUUUCACAUUUUUCUAAAUUGAACUUGAUACUUACAAUUUCGGGAUUAAUUUCUUAUCUUUCGUUCAAAUUAUUUAAUUGAAAUGAUGAUGAUAGCAAAA